GUCAGCAGGUUCUGGGUCUGGUGGAGAACCAGAGUGACUGGUACCUGGGGAACCUGUGGAAGAACCAUAGACCCUGGCCAGCUCUGGGAAGAGGCUUCAACACUGGGGUGAUUUUGCUUCUCCUGGAUCGUCUACGGAAGCUGAGAUGGGAGCAGAUGUGGAGGUUGACUGCGGAGAGGGAACUAAUGAGCAUGCUGUCCACCUCCUUGGCAGACCAGGACAUCUUCAACGCGGUGAUCAAACAGAACCCGUUCCUGGUUCACCAGCUGCCGUGCUUCUGGAACGUCCAGCUGUCCGACCACACCCGCUCUGAGAAGUGCUACAAAGACGUGUCGGACCUCAAGGUGAUCCACUGGAAUUCUCCCAAGAAGCUGCGAGUGAAGAACAAGCAUGUGGAGUUUUUCCGGAAUCUCUAUCUAACCUUUUUGGAGUACGAUGGCAAUCUGCUGCGGCGAGAGCUGUUCGGGUGUCCCAGCGAGGCCGACCACAACAGUGAGAACCUCCAGAAGACUCUGUCAGAGUUGGAUGAAGAUGAUCCUUGCUACGAGUUUCGUCGAGAACGAUUCACUGUCCAUCGAACACACCUUUACUUCCUCCACUAUGAGUAUGAACCCAGCUCUGACAACACUGAUGUUACUCUAGUCGCCCAGCUCUCUAUGGACAGGCUUCAGAUGUUGGAGGCCAUCUGUAAGCACUGGGAAGGCCCCAUCAGCCUGGCCCUGUACCUGUCCGACGCUGAGGCCCAGCAGUUCCUGCGCUACGCUCAGGGCUCAGAGGUGCUGAUGAGCCGCGGGAACGUCGGUUACCACAUUGUCUACAAAGAGGGACAGUUCUACCCAGUCAACCUGCUUCGAAAUGUGGCCAUGCGGCAGGUCAACACACCCUACAUGUUCCUAUCAGACAUCGACUUCUUGCCCAUGUAUGGCCUCUAUGAGUAUCUCAGGAAGUCAGUGGUGCAGCUGGACAUGGCCAACACCAAGAAAGCUCUGGUGGUUCCAGCCUUUGAGACGCUGCGAUAUCGUCUGUCUUACCCAAAGUCCAAGGCUGAGCUGCUGUCUCAGCUGGACAUGGGCACGCUAUUCACCUUCAGGUACCAUGUGUGGACUAAAGGCCACGCACCAACUAACUUUGCCAAAUGGCGGACGGCCACCACCCCCUAUAGGGUGCAGUGGGAAGCCGAUUUUGAGCCCUACGUCAUGGUGAGGAGGGACAGUCCUGAGUACGAUCGCCGCUUUGUGGGCUUCGGCUGGAACAAGGUGGCUCACAUCAUGGAGCUGGAUGCACAGGAGUACGAGUUUGUGGUUCUGCCCAAUGCCUACAUGAUCCACAUGCCUCAUGCGCCCAGCUUCGACAUCACCAAGUUCCGCUCCAACAAGCAGUACCGGGUCUGCCUCAAGACCCUGAAGGAGGAGUUCCAGCAGAACAUGUCGCGACGCUAUGGCUUCGCCGCCCUAAAAUACAUGACAGCUGAGAACAACAGCUAGCCACCACUGCAGACCCUCACACCCCCAGCCUUGAACAAAUGACACACUCCAGGACAGGACAACAGGAAACGGAUACUUUUAGUCCCUCAGAAUUUGUUAGAACGUUUGACCGUCAGUGUGGAACUGCAAGGGUCUUUAUGUCCAUUCUUUGUCCUCUGCUGUGGAUGGAAGAGAUAAUCCAGGAGGAGAUCCCUUCUUCCAGGAUGUUUAAGCUGUGAUCAUACAAGUGACUGCUAGGUCCAGGCCACUGUUGUGUGGGCCCCGAGCUCUUGGCCCUGAAAUUUGACAGACGGCAGGCAAUCAAUGCAUUGCCAUAUUUGUAAGAGCAGUGACAGAAUCGUGGACUGCGUGUGUAACUAUAUGUAUGUAUGCGUGUUCGUGUGUGUACAUGCAGGUAGAUGAAAAGUGUGACUGUGUAUGUGUCCCUCCAGGACAGCACUUAGCUAAAAGCCUGAGGAGAGCUGAAAAUAUUGUGGGCCUGCAUUCUGUUUGCACGCCAACAAAGUGCCAACAAAAAGCAGCGGCAGUUUGACUGACAGCACACCCCACAUUAAACGCACAUUGUCAUCGGGUGGCAUGAUAAGCCAAAGCAGCAGCGUCCACACAGAUUUUCACAUUGUGAUGAGCGACACACACUCAGAUAUUGAGGUGAUCAGCCGACCAGCCGACCAGCUGCUGCUGCUUAAUUUGUUUGACAGUUGAUACAGAUCAGAAUAAAUCCUCCCCUUCGUAUAUUAAGGGAAGUUAAGUGCAGGGACGGCGGGAGGUCGUCCAUGCGCUUGAUAUUCAGGGUCUUCACAUCAGCCCGAGCGUGCUGAGAUUGUUUCCAGAGUUUUGUUACUGCUAAAGAAUCUGACAGCAGCUGGUGCAGUGUGCUUUUUUGUGUGUUUUAAAUUGAUGCCAGUGUGCUCUGCACAAACACCUGCUGGAAGUCGGUUUGUGAAGCUGCCACCCCACCACAUGAGGCGAAGCACCAAUCAGUGAGCUCUCUGUUUAC